CUGUCUUUGGAUGCUUUCAGAUAGGGGCUUAACAUUGCAAAUGGAUCAUUGAGAUAUUCCAGUUUAAUAAUAAACACAAGCAACCCUGGACAUGUGCAGAGUGUUUUCCCCUAUCCACUGCAGCCAGCCCCAGCACACCUGUGAUGGUGGGCGCAGGGCUUCUAAGAGAAAGCGAGUGCCUGAGCCUUCCAGGUGUCCAACCUGUCCGGGGCCCUUUAAGAACCAGUGCCUGUCACUCCUGCUGGCUUCGACUGUGUUUCUUUUUCCCCCGGAAGAAAAGUAUAGCCAGAAGCGGCUGCUCACAGUCCGUGUAAGGUGGGGAGGAGGUAACCAAACGUGCGCGCCUCCCUUUUGCGAUACCAGGCACAGAACCGCUCCAUACGAAUCUUUUGCGGGGUGGAAAGAACGGGCGAGUGAGGAAUCUAAUCGCUAAGGAUUUGCAACAUUAACAAAGAAGGAGAAAAAGGAGGAGGGCAAACUCCAGGAACUGAAAGCAACAGCAACCUUUUUACUCCGGCAAAACGAGCAAGCCACCCACAAACUACAUCACAGAAAGCACACAGCAAGACUCCUGGGGAGGGAUUUUCAAAACAACAACAAAACCGGCGCAAAGAAAUUGACGAGACACGACAUGGCUUCUAGUCAAUUUCAGCUUUGCAGAACCACAAGGCAGAAAAGCCGGCUUUGGAGGCAAAAAGUGUUCCUUUUAGGAUGCACCGUGUGGAUUUCCCUUUGCGCCCCGCGAUGUGCUGCUUUCAACCUGGACACUAAAUUUUUGGUCCUCAAGAAAGGCAAGACCCCAGACAGUUUCUUUGGACUCUCUGUAGCGCUGCACCAUCAAACUGAUCCGGAACAAUACCUGCUGCUUACUGGAGCGCCCCGUGAUAUAGCUAUAGAGAUGGAGAAUGCUACACGGAUGGGUGCCAUGUAUGCUUGCCCUUUGACUGCAGCCACCGACGACUGCAAACGAGUGGACAUCAAGGUGACAAGUGAACCCCGAAAUAAUAUCGUUGAAGACAUGUGGUUGGGGGUGACGAUAGCAAGUCAGAGAGUGACGUCUGGGAGAGUGAUGGCUUGUGCUCACCGGUACACCAGAGUCUUGUGGGCUGGCAACGAGGACCAGAGGCGCAUGGUGGGGAAGUGCUACAUCCAUGGCAAUAACUUGCACCUUCAGGAGAAGGAUGAAUGGCAGACUUAUCACAAUGAGAUGUGCAACGCCAACUACGACUUUGAGAAGACAGGCAUGUGCCAGAUGGGCAUCAGUGGCGGUUUCACCACCAACAGUGUUUAUUUUGGAGCUCCUGGUGCUUACAACUGGCAAGGCACCAAUUACGUGAUCCGUCGAGAGGACUGGGACCAACAAGAUUACUCUUAUCCAGACCAGAGGAAUAGCAACAGCUAUAUGGGAUAUACAACUGAGGCAAGCCAUGAUGUACUGCGCAAACAAGAGACCACCUUAAUCACAGGGGCCCCUCGGUAUAAUCACACAGGAGCUGUCUUCCUGGUGGGAACUGACAGCACCAUGACCCUUCAGAAGAAACUGAUGAUCUUAGGGGAACAAGUGGGCUCCUAUUUUGGCAGUUCCAUUGCUGUGGCUGACCUCAACAAUGAUGGGUGGCAAGACUUGAUCAUUGGAGCACCAUACUACUUCGACCGGAAAGAGGAGAAGGGUGGGGCCGUUUACGUGUACAUGAACCUUGGUGGAAUGUUCCACAGCAGCCCCAGCAUCACUCUGACUGGUCCCAGCAAUUCAUCAUUUGGCCUUGCGGUGGCAAACAUUGGAGAUAUUGAUAAAGAUGAUUUCCAAGAUAUUGCAGUUGGGGCUCCAUUUGAAGGUUCGGGGAAGGUAUACAUCUACCACAGUGGCGUAGGAGGCCUUGUCGAUCAGCCCCUGCAGGUUAUUAGUGGGGAAGACCUUGGCCCAGGCAUCAAGACCUUUGGCUACUCCUUCAGUGGUGGAAUGGAUGUGGAUGGGAACUCCUACCCUGACCUGCUGGUGGGAACACUCUCUGAAAACAUCCUGCUGCUCAGAGCCCGUCCGGUGAUCAACAUCUUAAACAAGACUUUUGCUGUUACCCCGACCACAUUGGACCCAUCCAGAUGUACUGAAGAUUCUUGCAUCACAGUACAGGUCUGCUUCUCCUACUCCCAAAGUGCUGGGGACCCCAAGUACAAGGAGAUCAUCAAGCUGAAUUACAUGGUGGAGGCUGACCGGGACCGCCGUCCACCUCGGGUUUAUUUUGCCGGGACUCCGUCUGCAGUCCAUAAGGGACAGUUUUCCAUGCCGAGCAAGUGCCAAACCCUGAAGGUCCUCCUGCGGGAUGAUGUGCGAGACAAGCUACACCCCAUUGCGUUCUCCAUGAAUUAUGCUCUUGCUGAGAAACCGAUGAGAUUCCAGUUGGGCCUGCGCUCACUUGAUGCAUUUCCUGUCUUGAAUGAGGAUCAGCCCCGAGAGAAUCACACUGAGAUUCAGUUCCAGAAGGAAUGUGGAACAGAUAACAAAUGCAACAGCAACCUGAAGAUUAAGGCUGUCUUUUUAAAUGACCAGAACCAGCAGCUCCCCAGUCGGAAUGGUAUGCAGUUGUUGCAAUACAGCCGGGAAGUCAGGAAACUGAACUUGGGCAUCACCGUCACCAAUACCCCGUCAUCACCUACUAACGGUGAAGAUGCCCACGAGACCGUCCUCAACAUCACGUUCCCACCCUCUCUGCUACCUUCCUCUGUUCGGCCGAAUGGCGCCUGCACAUUUGAGGAGACAGUGAUGUGUGAAUUAGGCAACCCUUUCAAAAAGGACCAGCGGGCAGAGCUGACUAUCACAUUUGAAAUUAUUGGAAUUACGCUGUAUACUCAGGAUGUCACUGUACAGGUGCAGCCUUCCACGAUCAGCUAUCAAGAAGAUCUCAUGCCAGUGUCGGCAGUCCUGUCGGUGGACUACACAGUUGAUGCGUCGCUGAGGAUAGUCAACCGGUGGCUCCAGACAUAUUUUAGUGGGACAGUCAUGGGCGAGUCAGCCAUGAAGCAUGAGGAAGAUGUGGGCAGUCCCAUCGAAUUUGACUUCCAGGUGACCACAAAGGGUGAGCCUUUAGGUUCCUUGGGGACAAUCACGCUAGGCUUUGAAUGGCCUUAUGAAGCCAGCAAUGGGAAAUGGCUGUUGUACCCUACUCAGAUCACUGUGAAAGGGAAUGGGAAUGAGAGAAUGGCCUGUGUACCCCCCGGGGACGUCAUCAACAACCGCAACCUCACACUACAAGAUCAUAGCAGCACCUCAGCACGGAGGAAGCGUGAGCUGCAGGCAUCUCCAAAGACUGAGCUUCCUAUCACCUUGGCAGCUUCCAAGAAAGCCAAAUCAGAAACUUUGCUGAGCUGUCCCGAAGGAACAUGUCGCUGUAUUUGGUUUGAGUGCCCCCUGUGGGACAUUGCAGGUGUGACAGACGUGAAGGUCCGAGCACGGGUCUGGAACAGCACAUUCAUUGAGGAUUACAGCGACUUUGACCGUGUGAAGGUAGAUGGGCAAGCCACACUGUUUCUCAGGACAAACACCUCCACCAUCAACAUGAAAAACCUCACGCUGUCGUUCACUGUGGCAGUUGACUCUGAACUGAGCGAGGAGCAGCCGACUGAGAUUGAACUGUGGCUGGUGCUGGUUGCCGUCGCAGCCGGACUUCUGCUUUUGGGCUUCAUCGUCUUACUGCUGUGGAAGUGCAACUUCUUCAAGCGAACCCGCUACUACCGAAUCAUGCCCAAGUACCAUGCUAUUCGGAUCCGUCAGGAGGAGCGCUAUCAGCCGGCCGGUGGCUUCUUGCCUUCAAAGCACAAGAAGCAGUGGGUGACAAACUGGCAGGAGACAGGGAGAUACUACUGACGCCUGCCUCCCUUCCUCUUCCCACCCACCCCUCUACGCUCGCUCACCGGCUGCUUUGCUUUCUUCUGUAUAUAGCGCUGGACCAAAAAAAAAAAAGAGGGAACUGUUAUUUAAGCCUAAGUUAUAUGAUGGCGAUGACCCAAAGCUUUCUCCAGACACUGUGAUUCGUAAGGAGGAAAUGGUCCUUGCAAGUUGGACCUGCUAGGCCAGGAGUGCAGAAGCUUUUUCAGCCUGAAGGCCACAUUACCUGGUGGGCAGCUUUUGGGGGGCCACGUGCCAGUGAUGGGCAAGGCCACAGGCAAAAUGUGGGCGGGGCAAUGGAUGAUUCUUUAUACAUCAAGCUGUAUUCUGGUCAUGCAAAUGUCAGUGGCUUGUACGUGCAUAUACCAUGCAGACCCAUUUCGCCGUCCUCCAUUUGGGCAAGUAAGAGGCAUCAUCACAGUUCUAGGACACAUUCCAGCCAGGAGGGUGCAAAGCAGGACUGGUGAGGCAUGUGGCCUGGUGAGAGUCCCCAAGGGUUAGAUAGAAAGGCCUGAAGGGCUGCAUUUUGGCCUCUGGGCUUGAGUUUCCCCAUCCCUGUGCUAGGCAUUUGUGAAAAGCGAGGCACAAAGGGACAGUUUUUUCACAUACAGUGAUAGACUCUUCUUUUCCCUCUCCACUACUGCCAGGGCCCUUGAAAUAGCAUUUCUGUAAGAGGGGACAGGUGCAAAAAUCAGCUUAACUUCAUACUGGACACAUGUACCCAACGAGGAGAUGGUGCAUAGGCAGUUAUCUUAGUGACUGAAACACAAAGACUCCCCACUCACACAGCUUUGGUUUCACAGACACAGUUGUAAUUCACAAGAUUGUUAUUUAUUACAUUUAUACUUGACUAUCCCUCCAGAGAGCUUAGAGCAAUUUCUGAAUGGCUCUCGGGCAGCCUCCCAUUCUGGCAGCUUACAGAGCCAAACCAACUUGGCAGCAGGACCAUGUCAUGCGCCUUCAGACUGUUCCCUGGGCUUCUCUGGCCAACUCUCAUGCAAACUAUCGCUUUGUUGCAAAACACAUGAGAACAUAGGAAGCUGCCUUAUAUUGAGACAAACCAUUGGUCCAUGUAGCUCAGUAUUGUCUACACUGACUGGCAGAGGCUGCCUAGCGUUUCAGAGAUGGGUCUUUCUCACCUCUGUCCUGGAGGUGCCAGAGAUUGAACUGUGGACCUUCUGCAUGCAAGGCCUGUGCUCUACCACUGGGCUAUGGCCCUUGCCCUCCAUGUGCCUCUCUGUUUUUUUUUAAUAUGACAGCCUUACAAAGCCACUGUAGUAUGCCUACUUGUAUAAAGCCAUGCUUUCUUGCAGAGUUGCGUACAGUCACUGGUUGUCUAGAAACUGUUUGUCUAUGGCUCUUUGGAUUUUCGUUGGCACUCAAGUGCACCAGCUCAUAUAUCAGAAAUGUAUGUUGAACUAAACGUCUUGCACGCCUGCCCUUCAGACACUUGUGCAAGGCCGCUUGCUUGUGAACACCUAUCCUUGUGCAAGGGCAACCAUUUGUGCCAUUGCGUGAGGUCACUUGCUAAUGCAGAUGUGUACAAGCCAGGUUGUUUGUACUUUUCACUAAUACCUCAGAUGCUCACUCUUUUGUUUUUCCUUUUAUAUAUUUGCUUGUUCGCUUUUAGUCACUGAUGCACCAGGGAAUUCUACAUUCUUUCCUUUGCCCUUUGAUUGAGAUUACAGCCAUCUCUCUUAAUUCUUUUUCUCCCCCCUCUCCUCCCCGGCUUUUUGUGGAAGACUGGUUCACACAUUACACUGAACACAGAGACAAGCCAUCUCUAUAUAUGUAUAAGCAUUUGUGUGAAAGAGUACAGUGGCAGAGUGUUACAUGUGAAUAACUGUAUGAACAUAUUGCUCAGCUUUGGAUGGAUGUAGAUUGUACACACAUUGUAUGUAAUGUGUGAACACCCCUAGACUAAGCAUUCCUUGGAGAGAAGGAUGAAUAGACUUCAGUCCCCCUGCUAUGACCUCAAUUGCCCACCUCCCCAACCCCAUAUUGCUAUAAACACUGGAUGUAUUGCCACUGGAGCUCAUACUACUGAUCAUUUUAGUCACUGUGUAUUUCUUGUACCUCCUCCAUCAUUCUUUGGAGGGAAGGAGGGUGGUUUUACUACUACUGUGGUCCAGCUUCUUAAGUAGCACAAAGGAGACUUCUGGGCUUGAAAUGUAGGGAGGGGGCAGAAUUAUAAAAAGAUGUGAAAGCCACUUUCUGCACUUUCUGAGGAGGCCAUGGGGAAAGCGCCCUUUGGUGGGUUCCCUCCUCUAUCAGCAAGCCCUGGUUGACUUACCUCAUGGGUGGGGCACCUUUGCCAGCCAGCCAGAUCCUGGUUUUGUCUUCUCCCAGCAAGCCACUUAGACAGGUGGGCAGGGCCGCUCAUCUGUCAAUCACCUGAUGUUACCAUGGCUUCAGAUAACCCAUUUUUCUUUUGUAGUGUGGCUUGAGUUCAAGCCAUGUUGCAAAGGGAGAUCCAAGCAGGGCUUGAAGUUACUGCUGAUCAGCUAAUUGGGGCUGAUGUCAAGCCCUGCUUUCAACAGGGAUUGGCUGUGCUAUGGAGUUACAGCAGGCAUGGAGACAGCACCUAUCAGCUUAUCAAUGCUGAUUUCAAGCCCUGCUUUAAGCAGAGGUUGGCUGCGCUAUGGUGCAUCAUCAAUAGAACAACGGAUCCCUUUGGGUUGAAGUCGGCAUGUACCAGCUAAUUGGCAGUGACAGGAAGCAUCCUUUGCCAAUGAACAAUCAAGAGUACACUUUAGGGUUCAUGAUAGUUCAUUGGCAGGUACAUCUCUGUCGUCCUCACAUCUGACAUCACAUAAUAUCAGGGGUGGGGGCAGAUGGCUGUAUGUUUGAGGGAACAGUCUUGUGGGCCAAACUGGGCCUGCAGGCCGAGGGUUCCCUGUUCUGAUGUACUUGGUGGCAACAGUGCUCCAAAUAAUGACAGGUAGCUGGGUCUAGCCAUUAGUUUAAUAUCUCACAGUGCCCCAGAGCAACAUUAUGUCAAGAGUGAUAUGUGAAAUGUAGAUAGCAGCUAGACCCAGCCACCUAGAGCAGCUCUCAGCACAAGAGCAGAUUUCUUUUAAAUAAAGAAGAGAUCUGGAACAAGCAUCAGUAGGCCCUGCUGGGGCCCUGGCACCUGCUCAAGGAUGCCUGGCACUGAUGCUCUUCAGCUAAAAGGAUUUAAGAUUUUUCAGUUAGGACUUACUGUAAGCUAACAAUCAGCCCUGGAAUCUGUUUUCAGUAUCAGCGUUCCUCAGUGAAAUAUGUGAGUUCAUAAUAAAGGAGUGUGAUUUUCUUUCAAAACUGACCAACGGUUCCCCACGUCUGGGGAUGUGAGGAUGGGUGGUGGGGAAUGAGCAUUCAGGUCAGAGAGUGAAAAGAACAUGCAGGGGUAAAAGCCUGGCAGCUCCUGUUUCCAGACAUUAAGCAGUGCCUGGGAAAGCAGAAUGGGAUGGAUGGAGUGGGGGGGCAGUCUGUAUUUCAGUGGAAGCAAGGCUUGCCUCCCCCCCUCUCACACACUUCCUGGCUGCCCUUUUGAAUGUUGAAGAAAACUUAUCCUCAUGUAUUCCACACUCCGCAUCAGAAAGGGGUGGGUUUGGGGUCAACUGCUUCUGUGUGCAUAGGACAGUUCAGUCCACAUUGUUUAAUUUCAAACAGCCCUUGGCCAUGUCUGACUCGGAGAAGCUGGAGUUGGAUUGUGGAUCUUUAUAAAAGGGGCAUUUCCACUUUCAGGUUUCAUAUCUAAACAUCCAAAGUGUUGACCGACGGUCUUGAUUUCUGGUCAUGCAUCUGUUAAAUCAGUCACAAUUCCUCUCCGUUUUAUAAAUGUGGCUGGCACCAAUGUAUGCUGCAGAAAUUGGGCUGGAAUCAGGGCUGAUUUGGACCGUGGAAAAGAUCCUCUAAAAAGGGAGCAAACCUCCAAAUGUUCUGCAUGUCACAGGGAAGGAAAUGAGGUUUAUGUUAAUAUGCACUCAAGUCCUGGAGAAAAUGACCACACCAAAUCUGCCCACUGCCCUCAACAUCCAGUUGUAUAUUAAAUUAUUAAGAAUGUACUUAACAAUAGCUAUAUGUAUAUACAUAUAUAUAUAUAUAUAUAUUUGUUGCUCACUGGAAUUUAUCACUAUGGUACUGGAGGUCUUGAAUCAUUGUGCCUUGGUUGUAAAUAAGCUUGAGUGGUUAUUUUAUGAAUAAAAAA